GGGAGCGGCGACAUUACUGUGUUUUGCGCUCAGUGCUCUACAGAGUUGGGGUUUUAGCUGUCGGCUAAAUGUCUGUUGCAGGAACGAAAGUUUCAUUAACUGAAAUUUGGCGGAUAUUUUGGUGAAAUUCCACGGGAUUACUUUUUCAAAAAAGAAAAAAAGCGACUGACUGACCGUGCAACGAGGCAGAGAGGUCUGCGAGUGAUCCGAACAUGUCUAUACUGCCCUUCACACCUCCGAUUGUGAAGAAGCUCCUUGGAUGGAAAAAAGGAGAGCAGAAUGGACAAGAGGAGAAAUGGUGUGAAAAGGCGGUGAAGAGUCUCGUCAAGAAGUUAAAGAAGACUGGUCAGCUUGACGAACUGGAAAAGGCCAUUACUACCCAGAAUAUCAACACCAAAUGUAUAACCAUACCGAGGUCUCUGGAUGGGCGUCUGCAGGUAUCUCACAGAAAAGGCCUCCCUCACGUAAUCUACUGCCGGCUAUGGCGCUGGCCUGACCUGCAGUCACACCAUGAGCUGCGUGCUAUAGACCAGUGCGAGUUCGCUUUCCACAUGAAGAAGGAUGAGGUGUGCGUUAACCCCUACCAUUACCAGCGCGUGGAGACUCCAGUUCUUCCUCCAGUGCUGGUUCCCCGACACACUGAUAUCCCUGCUGAGUUUCCCCCGCUGGACGACUACAGCCAUUCUAUCCCAGAGAACACCAACUUUCCUGCAGGCAUAGAGCCGCUGAUCAACUACAUACCCGAGACACCCCCUCCAGGGUAUCUCAGUGAAGAUGGUGAAAGCAAUGAUCAGCAGAAUCGCAGCAUGGACACAGGUUCCCCAAACUUGUCACCUAACCCUGUUUCUCCUGCUAGUAGCAACCCUGACCUGCAACCGGUAACUUAUUGUGAGUCAGCGUUCUGGUGCUCCAUCUCAUACUAUGAGUUGAAUCAGCGGGUAGGGGAGAUAUUCCAUGCCUCACAGCCCUCUCUCACCGUGGAUGGGUUCACGGAUCCGUCCAACGCUGAGAGAUUCUGUCUGGGUUUGCUGUCUAAUGUGAACCGCAACACCGCUGUGGAGCUCACACGCAGACAUAUUGGUCGGGGAGUGCGGCUGUACUACAUAGGCGGUGAAGUGUUUGCAGAGUGUCUGAGUGACAGUGCCAUCUUUGUCCAGAGUCCUAAUUGCAACCAGCGCUAUGGCUGGCACCCUGCCACCGUGUGUAAGAUUCCUCCAGGCUGUAAUCUAAAGAUCUUCAAUAACCAGGAGUUUGCGGCUCUGUUGGCUCAGUCGGUGAAUCAGGGGUUUGAGGCUGUGUACCAGUUGACCCGCAUGUGCACAAUCCGCAUGAGCUUCGUCAAAGGCUGGGGAGCAGAAUACAGGCGCCAGACUGUAACCAGCACACCCUGUUGGAUAGAGCUGCACUUAAACGGCCCCCUGCAAUGGCUAGACAAGGUGCUCACCCAGAUGGGCUCUCCCAGCAUCCGCUGCUCUAGUGUGUCAUAGGAGAUGCAGCACCACUGGAUUCGCAACCAGGAAACAACCAACUGCCUGCAUACUAACCCGAGAAAACGCGAGAAGGCCUUGCAGACACAGACAGACAUCCUCUCAAGUGUUUCCUUGUAGUGGCACUCCACUGCUUGCCGGUCCAGUCAUUUCCCCACACAGUUUUGAGCACUUUCUAUUGCUGAUAUCUAUACAGCAUGGCUUGUAUAGCUGUGCAUGAAAUGUAGAUUUGUUUUGGUCCUACAAAGAUAGAUAUAUAUUUUGGCUCUUUUUUUAUUAUUAUUUUUAAGCUUGGCUUAAAACAUGAGGUAUUGAACCUUACAGAGUUUAAACACUUUAUAUUCAUUGAAGAUGGAUAUGGAUAAAUAACUGGUGAAGUAGAUUUUUAUUAUUAAUCGCAUACAUAAAGCUUGCAGCAUGUGAAAAGCUGCAACACUAUGUAAUUUAGGGAAACUGUUUGAAUUUCUCUCAGGCCCUGCAGUUUGCUGUGCACAUGUUUCAUAGGCCCUUAACCUCCAAGGGUCAGUGUUGCAUCCCCACGGCCUUCAUUCGGAUGGGCAGUGGGAGUUGAAGCCUAGCUGUCUGCUGUUUGAAAGUGAACAGUAGCUAGACACGGCUCUUAUGGUGUGUUGGCGCUCACAUGCCACGUUGAUUUAACAUGCACUGAGCAGUUCAGUACAGAUUAUAGGAUGGUUCAAUGCUGGUCACCUGGUUAAUGUUCUUUUUCUUGUCGUUAUAAAUCUAGAUCUCUCUUUUCGAGAUGAUACGCAGCGCAUCGUGAUACAACGUGAUGUCUGAGAGAUAUAUUUAAGAUUUAUGUUGUGACUUGGAGCUGUUUUUAUGUGAUACCGUGUAAUUCAGAUGCUACUAAAUUUUUUUGACACUGGUUCCAGGAAAAAUGUCCAGCAGGUAUAAAUAAUUAUAAAAAUCUUUUAUUUUUGUUACAAUAUUACCCGAAAAAGGUUUUUUUUUUUUCAUUUACAACGUACUGCUGUGCUAGCUGGGAAACAACAGGGGAAUUGUGUUUGUAGAGCCCGGCAUCAUGCUUGGGAUUUGGUAUGGAACUUAUCAAAUUUGCUAUUCUCUAGAGAGGCAGAUGUCUUGCAGCUGCAGUUAAGUUUUGUGUGCUAAAUCAUGUUUUAAAUGUUCCGCCAUUGAACCACGUCCACGGAAUAGUCGGCACAUGCUUAGGCACAGAGCCCGUGUUCCACUUUGUUUAUCUUCAGAGCAUGUGAACAGUUUCUGAUUUUCAUCAGUAUAAAAUGAAGCUCAAAGUAAAUAAGGUUACUCACCAAGGUCCAAUAGACUGAAUUUACAUGAUCAGCAGCAGCUUUCUCAGUCGUUCUCCAUAGCAAGUUGCAGUGCAAUUUACCCAGAGCUACUACACAUGGCUCAGAGGAUCAGACUCGGAAAAUGUGAUGAUGGUGCCUCAGUAAAAUGGAUAUCAUUAACUGUGUUAAUUCUGACAGCUUUCGGUUAUGAUGUUUUGUAUCAUAAAUACUGAAAAUGCUGCAUUCUUAUGGUACUUUGUCCAGUGUAGCACAACCUUCACCAUAUGAAGCACUUGUCUUUAUUACUUUAUAAGUGGUAGAGUAAACAAAGCAUUUUCUUCAGUGCUGGAUUUUGGAAGUUUGUCAGUGAUAUAACUGUUCGUUAUUUUACGAUUGGGGGGGGUAUUUUGCUGAAAAUAUUGACUUAUAAUUCUUACUUUUUGUAUAACAACCAAGUCAGGAGAGUGCACUGGCAUAUUUUUGCUGUCACCUUGUGUAUAAUAUGGCAGAGUCUAUAAGAAUGGCCCCAUUGAGUAGCACAGAGCCAGUCACUUUUACAUUUUUUUUUUUUUUUUUAUCUCUCUCAUGCAUUUCGCUUUGCUACUUUCUGUCCGCAGCCUCAGCUUUGAUAAUGUGUUUAGGCAUCGUGAGCCUGAUGAAUCAAACAUUGCAUGCAGCAGAUGCAGCUAUUUGAGGCAGUAUAUGAGAACCAGGAGGAACUCCAGUGUGUUAUAGAGUGAUUGUAGAUGGAUGGGGGUUGGUUUUUUUUUUUUUGGUUUGCUUGUUUUUUCCAGUCUUGGUCAAAUUUCUGGACUUUGAAGUUUGCCCAUUACUGCUUUUAUCCUUGUAUAUGCGUAUGUAGAUAUGAGAGAGUCCCAAUCCGAUCUGCAGAUUUGUUCAGUGACAUAGGAGACAAAACUAGCCUAAGAAAGACAGGGCUGGAUGGAGAAGAAAGAAUGCUUACUCACUAUAUACAUAGACUUUCACAUCCUAUGGGUGAACUGCAGUUACUUGUGGAGUUAAUUCACUCAGAGUAUACCAAAUAUCACAGAAAAUUCAAACCCAGGGCCAUCUGGCCAUGUGAAAGGAAACAUGCACACAUUUCUAUAUAGUCAAUUUUGUGUCACUGCCAGUUAUAAUUGUGUCAAAUAAAAUGGAUGAUCUAUUGUAAAUUGAAGACUAUAAAGAUAUUUUUGGAAAGAGUGUUAGUGUGAGGACAACACUGCUGGCAGCUCCUGGUGGGUGCUCACAUUUUUACUACAGAGGUUGAAUUCCCCUAUGGGAUGCUGUUCUUAUGGCUGGAUUUCUUUCUUUGUUGUUAUUUUUUUGAGCCAGAUCCUGUCAGUAAGAUAGGGUUUUAUUAUUGUGUAUGUAGUAUAAGGUUAUGAUAUAAUUACACUGUCUGCAUCCUUUUGAUCAAUUGCAUGGUCUUGCAAUUCUUGAAUUUCCAACAAAGAUCAGCAGUUGUGCUUUGUUUGAGCAGGCACACUAUAGACUGCAGCUGCCUCCUGCUGAUAGUUUAGGCAAUUACAUGUUGAAAUAUUGCUCACUCGAUUCCUCUCAAAGCUCUUACAGCUGGCUAAUGAAAAAUGAGCCUGUGUCAUCAAUGAAGUCAUAAGGAACUGCAUUUACAGAAUUGUUGAUCCCUGUGGUUUGAUCUCCUCUUAACAUCGAGCCCUAAACUGUGUGUCCAGUGCUGUGGACCCUGCUGGAUCUCCUCCCGUGACCGUGUCAGCAGUGUCCAUGUAGGGUCAUGAUUCUUGUCGAUUUUUUUUCAAAUUGAAAUACCGCAUUGUAGUAUCAUGUUCUUAUCCAUACGCUCAUUAUGUGAGGCAAAUGUAAAUCUCUGUUUCUGUCUUAUGGUUUCAGUACUUAAUCAUUACACCCUUAUUUUUUUUUCCAGACGUUGCUUAGUUUCUGUUUGCCUUAAAUACGCUUAUUCUCCACUACUGUACCCGCUUAGAUUUUCCUUACAUUAACUGUUUAAGCUAUUGUUAUAUUGCUUCAUUUUGUUAUUCAAAAAAUUUGUAAUAAAAUAUGUAUUUUAAACUG